GCCGUGUCCUCUGGGCCGCCAUGCUGCCCGCCGCCCGCCUGGCGCUGCCGCUGCCGCUGCCGCCGCGCCUGCCGCUGCCGCCCGCCUGGCGCUGGGGCGCCGCCAGGCCGCUGGGCACGGGCCGCGCGCGGCGCUCCGAGGCGCUGGCCGGGGCGCCGCUGGACACGGCCGCCAAGGAGUACUCGCCCAAGGUGCGGCAGCUGGUGCGGGACAUCGCGGGGCUCACGCUGCUCGAGGUGGCCGACCUCAACGCGCUGCUCAAGGAGACGCUGAAGAUCUCGGACGUGGGGGUGAUGCCCGCGGGGGCGGCGGCCGCCCUCGUGCCGCCCCCGGCAGCUCCGCAGGAGGAGGAGGAGGAGGAGAUCCCGCGCAAGAAGGAGAAAAUGCACUUCUCCGUGCGGCUGACGGAGCUGAAGCCCGCUGACAAGGUGAAGCUGAUCAAGGAGGUGAAGAACUUCGUGCCCGGAGUGAACCUCGUGCAGGCAAAGAAGCUGGUGGAGUCCCUUCCGCAGGAGAUCAAGGCUAACGCGUCCAAGGAGGAAGCGGAGAAGAUCAAAGCAGCGCUGGAGGCAGCAGGAGGGACUGUGGUUCUGGAGUAGAGGGCCCCGUCUGAUCGCGGAGGGACUAGCGUGAGGGCAGCCUAGCCGCUGCUGCCUGCCCCGGGCACCGCUCACUGACCGAGCCGGGGUCCUGGACAUCUCUGAGUGUGAGACGUCCUCUGGCUGCGUGGUGGGAGUGCUCACCCAGCGGGGUUCAGCGCAAGGAUGGUGUACGGUUUGGCGGGGCCGCUGUCUAGUUCCAGCGUCACAACGAACUUUACAUUCAUAAAUGUCCAGUGGGAAAAA